ACCCUCUACUAGGAAAAACGCGGGAAAAUUUCAUGUGUGACAACUUGCAGCAACAAAAUAAAUGGCGCACUUCGCGGCUGCAGUUUCUGGUCUACGCUUCAGCGGGAAUGCAUUUUGACGUUCUAUAGCUAGCUAGCUAUAUUAUGAUAGAAUUAAAUCUACCUAAAGCGAUAUAAUAUAAUGUGCUUACCUUUUAGAGUUUUUACAAGGUGGCAUUAUAUGUUACUAAUUAUGGAUAACAAAAAGCAAUAAAACGUCAAGUCAAUUUUGUGAUAUACACCAGUUUAAAUAAUGACUUAAGGGAAGGUAUGGACGACAACGAUACAAUACCUAAGAUUGUCAAUGUGUUUUCAUUAGCCAAAACCAAACCGAACCUGCAUCCCACUACUGUUCCUGUGGUCAGUGUGCUUAGUCCAACUUGUUUUCCUGCAGUUUCGAAAAAUGUGGUGAAAUAUCAUCCAAUUUUGUGUAAAAGUAGAACAACACAACAAAAUUUUGCCGAUGAUGCCAAUAACUUAAAACUACAGUCAUCUACUCGGGUUGCAGUACUCCCAGUACAUGGCAGUAAGGUGAUUCCAACCGUUUCACAACAUUCAAUAUUGUUUUCGUCAGGACAGUUACAAAAAGGCAAUAACAUAACCACUGUCAACACUCACAUUGUUACUACAACUGUUCCGAAUUCUACUCCGGAAAAAUUUGUAAGAAUUUUACCAAAGACUACAAGUCAAUCGCAUGGGUCUUACUCUUCUUCGUUUUCAUACACUGCAAAAAAUUGUCAGCAGAAUCGGAAUGUUAAAUUAAAUAAAAAAAAAUUAAAUUCUUUAUCCAAUCCUUUUAUUAAUAUAACCGAUGACAUACUUAGGAAACUGGUACAAGAUGUUACAACCAAGCCACUAUUACCACCACAAAAAGCAAGUAGCAUAACCAAACACAAUCACAAUUUUGUAACCACUGUUCCAAUUUCUAAUGGUAAAAUUCAAUUACUGAAUAAUGAAGCUACCAUACCAGUAUCAAUUUCCACUGCAAAUGCAAAUACAGUAGAUGUAACCAGUUCUACCUUUAGACUACCAACAAUUCUUAGGCAUUCAUGUACCACACGUAAAUCAAACGUAGGGAAUUUAGCUAAAGACGGUGGUCCAAUGAAUAUUGAAACUGAUUUGUCUGAGACAAAUACAAUUGUUGAUGCCACUGCAAUAGAUCUAUCCAGUUCGAAUUUCAAAAAUGCUGCAAUUCUUACACCUUCUUGUAGCACAUAUAAAUCAGACAGUGUUUUGCUAAAUAAUGAAGUUGCUAUGACAGUAACCAAUACCACUGCAGUUAUCUCUAAAAUAGAUGAUACCAGUUCUAUAUUAAGACCAACAAUUCCUACACCUUCCUGUACCACAUAUAAAUCAAAUGUAGGAAGUUUAACUAAGGACAGCGUUUCACUGAAUAGUAAAACAAUUAUGUCAGUAACAAAUACAACUGCAGUCGACUCUAGUUCAGAAAAUCUUACAAUUCUUACGCCUUCCUGUACCACAUUUAAACCAAAUGUGAAAGCUUUUGUGGAAGAUAAAGUUUCACUGAAUAAUGCAACUGCUGUGCCCGUAACGAAUACAACAGCUGCUAUUACUAUGAUAGAUCUAACAGGUUUCAGUUCAAAAAAUGCUGAAAUUCUUGCACAUUCCUGUACCACAUAUAAAUCAAACGUACAGAUUUUAGGUAACGAUGUUACAUCAGAUGUUUCUAGUCUUACUUUUAAAGAACCAACAAUUUUAACACCUUCCAGUACCACACAUAAAUUAAAUGUAGAGACAGUAGUUAAAAGUAGUGUCUCAGAAGUCUGUGUUUUGUCUCAAAAUGCUCAUACGGCCUCAAAUGUUUUUCCUAAAUUAUUACCAAAUACAGAAUGCAGCAUUGUUGAAGGAGAUAAUACUGAAAUAGUGAAUAAUCAAACGGAUGUUGCUGAUGAUAAUAUUGCAGAAGAUGAAGCAAUGCAAAUCGCAGCUUCACUUUUCAUUGAUGGUAACUUAGAAAACAUAAAUGACCAUGAAAACUUAUUAAGUCCUGAAAAACUUCUGUCUCCAACACCAACUGAGGAUAAAAUAGAUAACAUUGAAAUCCAGGAUAGCGAAGAAAAAAGCAUUAAAGAAGAGGACAACAAGGAAGUCAAUGAAGACUCAGAUACGUACACAGUUUCGUCAAGUUCAGAAGAUGAAGAAGAACAUGAAAGUUCAGAGGAAUCAGAGUACAAACCCAGUGAUGAUAAUAGUGAAGAGAGUGAUGAAAGUAGCGAAGUUAGUGAUGAAAAUCUUCCAAUCAAGAGAGGUCAUACCCGAAAAAAGGCUAAAAUUGAUUUGAAUGAAUCAAACACCCUGAAGAUAACAUCGCCAUUUCGUAACAGUAGUCAAAUUGUGAGAUGUGACAAUACGAUUCAGUCAGUAAAAAUUUGUGCUGAUGCUAAACAUUCAAGAAAACGUAUCCAUUCUUUUGAGGAUAAGAAUAGGAUCCAUGCCAAAAACUGUGCUUCUUUAUCGUCUGUUUCAAGUAACAGCAUAACUACAAUGCACCCCAGUGGCAGCGAUUUAACCAAAACAUUUGAAAAGAUAAAUCGUUUAAAAUUACUAAAGCAACAACAACAAGAAGCGAUAGAGAAGCUACGUAAGAAUAAAAAUGACUUAAAAACAACAGGUUCCAAAAACGAAAUGAACAGCAGUGGGUCUAAAGAAAUGAAAUUUAAAGUUAAUGAGAAAGCGCAGGAUGAAUGUUUACCAUCGAAAACGUACCCCUUACGAGAAAGAAAACUUAAAACAAAAGAAUUUAACGAAAGUUCAGAUGACGUUAUCUUAAAAGAAAAUGACAUUGUUACAACCAACGGUGCUGAUGUUAUUAAGCCAUAUGUGAUCAGUGGUGGGGCAGAUGGCUUACUCGUUACCAAAAAGCAAGACAAUGAGAAGCAGACUCCGAUAGAAACAGAUAGACUGCCAGAAGUAAAGCUUAUCUCACCCACUACAAUGGUACCUCCGACAGGUUAUUUAAAUAAACCACCAUUUAUCAUCGCACUUAACGCCAAAGAGAUGAAAAAAAUUGCACCUGCCUUAAAACAAACUGUGCUUUCUACUGUUACUUCCAGCGUUGCACGAAACCAGUAUAUUAUUCAAAGUGCAGAGAGUAGUAAGAGUAUUCACAAGCUGUCAUCCAAGUCUUCUAGCAGUAUCACAUGUACACAACCGCUUUAUGCUGUUUGUAAGUCUUUCUCCAACACAACAGAUAGCAGUUCUAUUGUAGCAAGUACAGUUCAGGCAAGCACUGUUGCUUUGAAAACUAAUAAUCUAAUCAAGGUUGCUACACAAGCAGGUCUCCAAGGGAAACAAAUCGUGUCACCAGUGACAGCUAACUCCACCAUACAAAAACAAACCACACCAACUGCGACAGCUGUUACAAAUGGUCAUCUAAUAUUAACAUCAAGUGGUCAAAUUUUCCUCUCUGGUCCAGUCAAUCAAAAUAUUCAAACAACACAGCAAAGCUUUAAUAAAGUAUCUAUCAACAACACUCAUCCUAUUUUGUCUUCAAAAAUAUCUUCUCCCAUAAACCCACCCAGGUUACAUUCUCCGAAAACUGGAGUAAUCCCUGCACGAAAUAUUUACAUAAACAACAAUGUGAAGGACCAGUCCCUUCAGAAUAAAGUUGCAAACAUUCUUGUAAAUUCAUACCAGUAUGUAUUGAACACGGCAUCUCAAAACAAUGUAAUGGUUGGUAACACUUGUGUUCCAAAACCAGUCAUUUUAGGUAAUCCUACAAAGCCGGCACAGUCAGUUGUCUCUUUGGGUAACGUUGUCAAAACCAUUAGGCCAAAAGUUGUACAAUCAUCACCCUUAACCAAAUCGGUAAAGAUAAAUAAUCUGUCAUCAUUAGUGGUCCCGGCGAAUAAAAUUUUGUAUGUGGAUAGCAGCCCUUUUUUAAUUGAAGGUAAAAAAUUAGUACCAAUAAAUGACUUUUUGGUAGUUCCUUACAAAAACAAAACUCUCGAUACAACAAAAUCUUCAGGCACGUUACCAACGUCAAGUUUAGUUCAAUUGAUACAUAAAUCGGAAAGUGUACCAAUAUCUUCCUCAACCUCUGUCAACUGGACACAGAAAACUCCUCCAACAACAAUUAUUCAGCUCCCACCAAGGACGCAAAUGACCGUUGCGCAGUUGUUACAAAACUCUUUGUCGUCUACCGUGCACCUCACACAAAAGUGUUCCUCAACAAUUAAAACAGGAUCGCAAUCAGCUGUGCAGUCACCACUUAUAUCUCCAUCAUCUAAUGCAUUUUUGGCACAGAAAUUUUCAACAGUUAUUCAGUUACCACCGAGAGCACAAACGACUGGUGCACAGCUGCUGCAGAAAUCUUCGUCAUCUACUACGUACCUCACACAGCGGUCCCCCUUAACAGUGACUCAGUUGGCACAGAAGUCUCCAAACACUCAUCUGUUGUCACAAAAAUCACCACCGAUUACAAUUCCUCAUUUGCUUCAAAAAUCGUACUCGACAGUUGUUUCACCGUCAUCCAAUCCUUUAUUUUCAAAUACUAACUUGGCUCACAAGUCACAAUCGCCAGUAGCUCAGUUGGCACAAAAAGCACAAAUUAUAAAUUUUAAUGGUCAAAAUGUACUGUGUUUUGUGCCAAACGAAACUAAUUCUCUAAGCAAAGCUAGCUCUUUAUCCAACGUGCCAUUCGGUCCAUCACCAAGAAUGACAGUAAAUACCCCAAUUCAGAACCUUCAACCAAAACAGACUGAAAAAGUUAAUAAAACUACCAAACCUGUAAGAAAAGCUGGUAGUGUUGUCUUAUCUGGUAAAAAAUUUCAACUUGGAAUGACAGAGAAACUGUUUCGAAUGCCUGAUAAAAAGCAUAAAAAAUGGACUUUUCUUCCAAAUAUGUACGAUCACAAGUUUCCAGCACUGCUUGGAUUGGAGUUAUGUAUAGACGACUUAGCUGGUGAUUAUUUUAACAUGAAACAUGCAGCUCCUAAUAUCGAUGUGGCUGACUACUUCAAAAACGUUUUAGAGCGGAAAAAGAGAAAAGGAUUCAAAACACAACCAAGAGGUUCACGCUUGAAAAAAGUUGUAAAAAAAGAUCUACAAAAAAGGUCUACAAACAAAUCAGAUGUUUCUACAGAGAUAGUAGGAACCUCUGUGCAAGAAAUUCCAUUAAAAAGAAAAUACGAUUCAACCACGCGUCAACAAACGGGUAAACGCCAAAAAACACGGAACAACGAAGAAGCAAAGGAUAGUUAUGAAGACGACCGAGCUUUGCUUGAGAUAGCUGACCAUAACACAGAUGUGUCGCUUGUUAAUUGGACUGAUGAAGACUUAUUAAGGGACGGUUCUAAUGAACCUGAUUACCCGAAACAAGUAAAUACUGAAAGUAUUGGUAAAAACAUCACUAAAGAAUCAGACAAGACUGUGUCGAGUAUUUCAAAACAUAAUAACCAGAACGAUGAGAAAGAAACUUCAGAACACCAAAAUACCUCUACUUCUGCAAAUGAAUCAUUUUCAAUUAUAUCAAAGACACAACAACCAUCCAAACUACUGGAUGAAAGUAUUAUUCCGCUUGAAAGAGGACACGAUGAAAGUGAUAUUUCCACUGAUUCUUGCGACAGUGAUGUUAUCGAUCCAUAUUCGUUAUCUCCAUCAAAACUCAAUCCAACAGUGGUGGUGAAAAAGAUAGAUAUAAGUAGGUUGCUCACAUGAAGUGGAACGAAGGUGCCGACCAUUAUUUAUUGAGUUUGAUAAAGAUAUAUUUUGGAAAUUACAAAGCUUUUUCAGACAGAAAUAUUUUUUCUAUGUGAGGACGUGGAAAUAAAGUUGCUUGUAAGAGUAAAUUCUUGCGUUUGAAGGCCUCGCGAUUAAUUUCACCAACAACACUUUUAUUUUGGUAAUUCAUCUUUUGUAUAUGGUAGCAAAAUUCACAACCCAGUUCUAUUAUUUUAAUGGUUUUAUCAUACUACUUCUCAUUUUUAGAAGGUUAUUUCAGCGACGGAGUGUUUAUUUUUGCUGACUCAUCAUUUGUUGUUACAUAUUUGUUUAUAAAGUUGAAUGAAAACUGUUGUACAUAUUGUUGGUUUUACAAACAAAAAUAAAGUAUAGUUUUUAUA